CUGAAUUCUGAUAAGAGUGCUGAAUACCGCCAGCAAGAAGAAGAACCAUAGUGUUUUUGGCAGAAGGUCAACCUAAGGUUAUCCGUCGACUUGGCGAUAGUCCGCAGAUUGCAGAGCGAACGUCUCCGUGGAAUUUUCUUAUUUUCUGAAGUGGUUGCAACUGUUCCAAAAUGGGCCGAAAAUUCUGCGUUGGAGGUAACUGGAAAAUGAACGGCAGCAAGGCUGCCAUUGCGGACAUCUGCAAGUUCCUCACCGCUGGACCAUUGGACCCCAAUGCUGAGGUCGUCGUGGGAUGCCCAGCCCCUUACAUAUCGUACGCCCGCGGUCUGUUGCCCGCCAACGUCUCCGUUGCCGGACAAAAUUGCUACAAAGUUGAAAAGGGAGCCUUUACUGGGGAAGUGUCCCCUGCUAUGUUGAAGGACGUGGGGGCUGACUGGGUCAUCAUUGGGCACUCCGAACGUCGUCAGAUCUUCGGCGAAUCUGAUCAGUUGAUCGGCGAGAAGUGCGCACACGCUUUGGAACAAGGUUUGAAGGUCAUCGCUUGCAUUGGCGAGACCUUGCAAGAACGCGAGGCUGGAAAGACCGAAGAAGUUGUUUUCCGGCAGACAAAGGUCAUCUCUGAAUUCGUGAAGGAUUGGACCAACGUCGUGAUUGCCUACGAGCCCGUUUGGGCCAUUGGAACCGGAAAAACGGCCACACCUCAGCAGGCACAAGAUGUCCACGCCUCUCUCCGUAAAUGGAUUGCUGAAAAUAUUUCACCAGAAGUUGCAGCGGCCGUUCGUAUCCAAUACGGAGGCUCGGUGACGGCAGCUAACUGCAAGGACUUGGGAUCACAGCCUGAUAUCGAUGGAUUUUUGGUCGGCGGAGCUUCGCUCAAGCCCGAAUUCGUACAAAUCGUCAAUGCUAGGGCGUAGAGUGAGCGUGCCUGGGCUGGACUCUGUCACUGCCGCGAUAGGUCGUUAUCUGAUGUGAAAAUAAAAACAAAAAAAAAGUGAUUUCUCUCAAUGAUCAUCCCAAGGGGAAGAAGAAAAGUUAAAUCAUGUUAAGACGAAACUCAUUUAUAAUUUAUAUAUUCUGUGGUUUUCCUGCUGUUACAAUAAAAGAUAGCUUAAUUU